UGGCCUUUAGACCAAAAAUUGGAACUUUUUCAAGUUUUACGCAUCAAGAUUGUUUAAAAAUUGAGUCUUUUUUCUUUCUUGAUCUCUCAAUUAUUUGCUAAAUUCAUCAAAAUAUCAAUCUUUUUUACAACCCCAUUUGGUAAAAAUGCAUGAUUUUUGUUUUACAAUCCCAUAUGGUUUAAUUCUUGUGUGUGGUGGAAUUUUUGGAUAUGUUAAAAAAGGAAGCAUAGCUUCACUUGGUGGAGGUUUGGGUACUGGUUUUUUGCUCAUAUUAGCUGGUUAUUUGAGUCUCCAAGCAUUUCACAAGCGUAAAAAUUCUUACUUUGCUUUGAUUCUUGAAACAGUUUGUGCUGCUGUGUUAACAUGGGUUAUGGGACAGCGGUACAUGCAAACUUCAAAGAUAAUGCCAGCUGGCAUUGUUGCUGGUAUCAGUGUGGUAAUGACUGGAUUUUACCUUUAUAAGAUCGCCACGGGUGGAAACCAUUUCCCGGCUAAAGCCGAGUAAUGGCAUUUCACUAUAACUGCGGUUCCGUUUCCAAACAGUGUGUGUGUACUGAGAAAAGCUGAAUUCUUAUCGCAAAUUAC